AUGGCCCACUACCACUCCCCCCAACUCACCCGCCCUCAAUCCUUCAACUUCGCCACCGACGUCGUCGACUACUGGGCCGCCCACCCCCCUCCCGGCAACAUCGCCAUGCACUGGAUUUCCCAAGACCGCCUAUCCGAACGAAAACUCUCCUUCUCGCACUUCUCCCGGCAAUCGCAUCGCCUCGCCAUCCUAUUCCGAGAGAAAUUGGGUGUGCAAAAGGGGGAGAAGAUGUUGGUUAUUAUGCCGAGGGUGGCGGAGUGGUGGGAAAUCGCCACCGCCUGCAUCCGGUCCGGAAUCGUCCUCUGUCCCGCCACGACGCUGCUCGUCGCCUCCGACAUCCAAUAUCGCAUCAACCGAUCCCACGCCUCCGUUUUCCUCGGCGACAGCGUCGCGGUAGCGAAACUCCUCCGCGUCAGGGAAAAGUGCCCGUCGAUUAGACAUAUCUUCCAACUCGACGGCGUUGCACCACCCGGCGUGACGCUGCUCAGCGAAGCCCUCAAGUCAAUACCACCAGAUGCGAUUUACAAGGGACCGAAACCGGACGUCAAAGACCCCGCCAUGAUCUACUUCACCAGCGGAACUACCGGUCCCCCGAAAAUGGUACAGCACAAUCAGGUUUCGUACCCCCUCGCGCAAACCAUCACGGGGAAGUACUUCCACCGUUUGCAACCGGGAGAUGUGAAUUGGGUGUUGACCGAACAAGGCUGGGCAAAAGCCGGCUGGGCUUUUUUCGGCAGCUGGAAUUGCGGCGCCGCGUUAUUCAUCCACGACGAUCGACUCCCCUUCAAUCCUCAGACGACCCUGGAGAUUUUACAUUCGUACCCGAUCACGACGUUUUGUGCCCCGCCGACGGUGUACCGUCAACUCGUGCUAGAUGCGAGUCGGAAGUACUUCAGCGCCCACUUGCCGAAGGCAUUGAAGCAUUGUACGGGAGCGGGGGAGCCGUUAAAUCCCGAGGUAAUUCGGUUGUGGUUGGAGAUGUCGGGCUUGCAGAUUUGUGAUGGCUUCGGACAGACGGAGACGGUACUCGUGUGUGGGAAUUUCGAGGGGAGUGAGAUUCGAGCUGGGUCGAUGGGGAAGCCGAGUCCAGGGGUGCCGUUGUUUGUGAUUGAUGAGAGGGGGAACGAGACGAGGGAUGGGGAGGAAGGGGAUAUUGCGUUGGAGGUGGAUUUGACGGAAAGAGGAGAUUUCUUUGGGGUGUUUGAUGGGUAUCUGGAAGACGGGAGGUUGGAUCGGAAGUUGAGGGAGGGGAAGGAGGAGGGGAUGGCGUGGUAUUGUACUGGGGAUCGGGCGAGGAGGGAUGAGGAUGGGUAUUUGUGGUUUGUGGGCAGGAACGACGAUGUGAUCAAUUCGUCGGGGUAUCGGAUUGGACCGUUUGAGGUGGAGUCUACGUUGAAGCAACACCCCGCAGUGGUGGAGAGUGCGGUGAUCUCCUCACCGGAUGAGAGUAGGGGUGAGGUGGUCAAGGCGUUUGUGGUGCUGACUGCGGAGGCGGAGGGGAAGGAUGAAGAUGCGUUGAGAAAGGAACUGCAGGACUUCUGCAAGGAGCAUGCCGCGCCGUACAAGUAUCCGAGGAAGGUCCAGUUUGUCAAGCCGGAUUUCUUGCCCAAGACGAUUAGUGGGAAGAUUCAGAGGAAGAAGUUGAAGGCGAUGGAGUGGGAGGAGGGAGAGGGUGGGGUGAAGGCGAAGUUGUGA